AAGGGAGCGUUAGGAGCCCACGUCAGGGGAGGUAUCAGGAUAAAUAGGGUCCCGCAAUGGCCGUGACUAGUUGCAUUUGGAGCUGCCGGGUCCGGGGCUGGAGCUGCCCAGCCGGGUUCAAGCCCCGGAGGCUGAAGGGCUGGCAUUGCUGGUGCACUGUGCUCCAGACAGUGGACUUCUCCCUUAAGCCCCAGCAGCUUCGCGUCGCUGCCUACAGGAUUUUGGGGAGCCCUGUGCCCUAAAGGACCUCCUCGGAAAGGGGAGAGAGAAAGAUUAAAAGGAGGGAGAGAAGAGAAGGGACCUUUCCGCCUAUCGAGGUCGCAGCGCAGGAGGACAGUGCAAUGCUUCUCUCCAUUCUGGCCGCUUUAUGCCUGUGGCUGCGCCUGUCCCUGGGCGUGCGUGGUGCUCCCUGCGAGGCGGUGCGCAUCCCCAUGUGCCGCCACAUGCCCUGGAACAUCACGCGGAUGCCCAACCACCUGCACCACAGCACGCAGGAGAACGCGAUCCUGGCCAUCGAGCAGUACGAGGAGCUGGUGGAUGUGAACUGCAGCGCUGUGCUGCGCUUCUUCCUCUGCGCCAUGUAUGCUCCUAUCUGCACCUUGGAGUUCCUGCACGACCCCAUCAAGCCGUGUAAGUCGGUGUGCCAGCGAGCGAGGGACGACUGCGAGCCCCUCAUGAAGAUAUAUAACCACAGCUGGCCCGAGAGCCUAGCCUGCGAUGACCUUCCAGUCUACGACCGCGGAGUGUGUAUCUCACCGGAGGCCAUCGUCACUGACCUGCCGGAGGAUGCUAAGUGGAUAGAUAUUACACCAGAAAUGAUGGUACAAGAAAGGCCUCUUGACAUUGACUGUAAACACCUAAGCCCAGACCGGUGCAAGUGCAGAAAAGUGAAGCCAACUCUGGCUACAUAUCUGAGCAAAAACUACAGUUAUGUCAUCCAUGCCAAAAUAAAGGCUGUACAGAGGAGUGGCUGUAAUGAAGUAACAACAGUGGUGGAUGUGAAAGAGAUCUUCAAGUCCUCAUCACCCAUCCCUCGAACUCAAGUCCCACUCAUUACGAAUUCCUCUUGCCAGUGUCCUCACAUCCUGCCCCAUCAAGAUGUUCUCAUCAUGUGUUAUGAGUGGCGCUCACGGAUGAUGCUUCUUGAAAAUUGUUUAGUUGAAAAAUGGAGAGACCAGCUUAGUAAAAGAUCCAUACAGUGGGAAGAAAGGCUGCGGGAACAGCAGAGAACAAUCCAGGACAAGAAGCGAACAGCCACGCGCACCAGUCGUAGUAAUCCUCCGAAACCAAAGGAAAAGCCACCUGCUCCCAAGCCAGCCAUCCCCAAGAAGAACAUUAAAGCUAGGAGUGCCCAAAAGAGAACAAACCCGAAAAGAGUGUAAGCUAUCUGCUUUAUAAAACGGAGACUUCCUCUCAGGAUGAGGCUAGGCAAUGCCCAGACAGACUAUGGAAGGCCACACACCCCUUGUCUUAAUGACAAUACUCUUUAUAGACACAUCCCGCAGCAUUUUUCUUAAUGAUAUGCUUCAGUUUUUCCUUUUUAAGCCACUACAACCCAUAGCAGGAGGAAUGCCAUUUGGUAUGGAAGGUAUACAAAAGCUGAUCAAAAAAAGGUGUAUAGUAUUUGGAGUAGCCUGUGUGCGCACUCCAUGAGAGCUCCACAUGGGCAGAAAAUAUACUUUUGUUUUUUCAGUUUGACCUCAUACGUGCAUGGUAAAAUAAAUGCCAUUUUACAAACAAAAGACCUAAUUUGUUUACAAUAUGUUUUCUUCCCAUUUGAUUUUUGUAGUUAGAAUCUUAGCAAUUUUUAAAAAUGUGAUUGAAAAUAUGCUUCUAAGAGGGAAAGCAAGGGGAAUGAAUGUUUAAAAGAUCUUUGUGUGUUUGUUGUUUGUAGAAGAAUAUUUUUUGAUGAAAGGGGACUUCUAAACAAUCUACAAAAGUAGGAUAUGGAAAAUUGUAAUGAGUUUUUUUUUAAACAAAAAGCCUUUCUGCUCUGUUUUCAGCUAUAAAUUCUAGAAAAUAAGAUAAUGAUGAUAUAAAUAAAUAAAAAGGAAAGGCAGGCAAACAAUGUCUGGAUCCUUGUUUUCUGGUUACCAUGCCAUGGUAGAGAUGCUUGGAUUUAAUAUUCAUGAUGUUUCCCAUCAGUACCCUUUAAGUAUCACUGAAACAGUUUCUGCUGUUAUGAUUGAGGUACCAGCUAGUCAAACCCCAGUAUUUUACACCUCUGGGUGUGGUACUUGUCUCACUUCCCAGGACAUCAUAGGUAUCCUGAGGCCAAGAUUCUCUGCUGGUGCUUUCAAGGAGGCCAUGGGCCUAAAGUGGAAGGGUCAAGAUCCAAAACCUCUGGUUGUCAGUCUGCUAUGACACUACUGCCACACACCAACUCUGCAUCUGGAAAAGGUGACUAUGGUCACUUGUCCAUUCACACUACUCAGGAAUGUAAAAGAACAUUCUGGAUGCUUAAGAGGUAAAUCUCCCUUAGAUAUACCAUUGUCCCUGCUUCUCAGAGAAGAUAAUUAAACAAACAAUUUUCUUUUAUCCCUAUAGCUGUGGGACACAGAAGUGAGGUGUGUGAGUAGGUGAGAGGGGAAAAAGAGGACAGACACACACAUCUGUCUCUGAAGUGUAACUUUGCCUGCACUGCUACUCCUGGUCAACAGAGUUACAGGAAUCCAAUAGAUUGACCUUCCCAAGAAUAUCAAUAAAAUAUUCAUUGUCUGUUUCUGCUGUAUGAAGAGAAACCUCUUUGGACCUUAAGGAAGCCAAAUUGGUGUUCAGCAUGGCUUCUACACUAAAGAACUUAGGAAAGGCCAUUAAAAGGCAUUGCUAGCCUAGUUUACCUUCUUAGCAUAGUAGGAAUUCUUUGGGGGAGAGGGGUUAUAUAUGAAACUCUCCAUGGAAAGGAGAAAAAAUGCUAUGGAAAACUUUUUUAAGUGCAAAAGAAGGCAAAAAGAGUUUGGAGAUGACUUUAUAAAUUUAAACACUGCUUACUUUGAAUAUUUAAAUAAUAUACUGAUUAUUACACAAAAAUUUAAUCAAUCAGGCACACUUAUCAAUUUGAUUAAUCGAUAAAGGAUUAACCAGGACACUGUUUGGUUAUUCAUUGUGAAAAAGUUGAAAAUGAACAUUAGCCCACAAUAUAACAAAUAUGGGCUUGGCCUUUCUGUGAGAACCAAAAAUGUAUUUUUCUCACUCAAAUAUUUCUCCACCUAAAUACAUGUAACAAGAGUUAAAUAUAAAUAUAAUAGGGAGGAAAGUUGAGGUUCUGUCUCUGAAGUAGGGAUUAUUUGAGAGUUGGGUUACUUUAAUGAAAAACUUAUGUUUAUGAACACACUUUAUAAUUGAGGACAACUGGAGGCAUUUAUUUUUAAAAUAAUUUUGUUGGCCUUUCAAUAAUACAGUAAAUAUGUUUUUUCUGUAAAGCAUUCAAUAAAUACAUAAAAUAAAAAUAAUGGAAUUAAAAUCCUACCUCAUCCCACUCACCACUAUUCAGAGGUAAUCCUUGUUAAUAUUUUGGUAUAUAAUUUUAUAGGUGUUUCCUAUGCAUUUAUAUAAUGGUUUGAAAAAUAAAAACGUAGGACAUACUGUUUCACAACCCGCCCUCUUCACUGAGCCCUUUAUUGAUAUUCGUUCUCAUGUCAAUAAAGCUGAUGCCUCUUCCUUUAUAAUGGCUGUGUUGUAUUCCAUGGUAUGCAUUACUCAACAAGUCCUUAUGGUAUUAGGGAUUUAGUUUGUUU